AGCACCCAGACAAGAGAAUAGGAAAGGGCCAUUCAGAAUGGGGAAAGGCGAUGGCGGCGGAGCGGUAACGGGCGCCCAGAGGAGCACACGGGUGAGUGAGAUUGCCUUGGCGAAUGGAACGAGCGGUCGAGUGUGAGCUACCAAUCAAGCGAGCCAGGACAAGUAAGAAACAGUGAAGAAUGCCUGCCGAUAUGCGUUUGUGUAUGGUUGCGGUAAGCCAAUAGCAGCCUAUAAGAGUCGCCUAGUAGAUGCAGACAGAGCCGCUGUAGUAGCAACAGUAGCCGCAAAGUCGUCACCGUAGCGUUGUAUGCAGUUGUGUUUAUUAUUGGUUUGUUGGUCGGUUGCGCUUCUGUUUGAAACGGCAACGACUUCAACGGUCAGUGGCAAUCGUCACCAACUGUCUGUAGCCUAGAGCAACGACGAGUAAAGUGAGUGGUGGCUAAGCUAUAAGCACAUGACCUACAACAGCCAUUUCUGACACUACCUUUUUUUCUGAUUGUCGUUAGCACUGCUGCUGGUGCUAGUAUAGAGUUUCUUAUCAUAGUGUGCUGUGCCACCGUGCUAGUCUUGCAGUGCCUUGAAGUAACGUACGUAGGGGGAAGGCACGAAGGUGGUAAAACGUGUCCGGGUGAAAAGCAGCACGCUUUUUCAAAUAUCAAAAAAAUCCCUUGCUAGUAGUGUAGAACCAAUAUCAAUAACAAGAAUAGCAAGCACAAGCGUGGUUUGUGACCGCGUAUUUCGACAACGUUCGACGUAACUGCGGAAAGCAGUUCAGCAGCCGUGAUGGCUCUGAGAGGUUGUUAUGUGUGUCUGAAAUACCUUAUGGUUGUGUUUAACCUACUAUAUUGGCUACUUGGAGUAUCUGUCAUUGUAGUAGCUGUUAUCUGUCUUACGCAUGGCGAUGAAUACCUCGUCCAUCAAGGUGGCGGUGAGGCUGAUGUGCAAGAGUUCCUGAUAGCGAUAUAUGCCCUGUUUGCCAUCGGUUCAUUUUUGGUAAUACUCGGGUUCUUAGGCUGCUGUGGAGCAAUUCGCGAGUCCCCUUGUAUGCUGUGUACCUUCUUUGUGCUAAUGGUCUGUGUGAUUGUAGUCGAAGUCGGGGGUGGCGCGCAGGUCUGGAGUCAAUCAGAACCCAUUCGCGAAUCGAUUAAGAAGCAACUGUCAUUUGUUAUUCAAGAGGAGUACUCCCCCACAGAUACAAAUAGCUUUUUCAACAAACGUAUCGAUCAGCUGCAGUCAACCUUUAAGUGUUGCGGUAUCAUUGGAGCAUCCGAUUGGGCGAAUUCCAAAUACAACGGAAUCACUGGGCCUCGUAGUUUCUUAGGAAACGUGGUCGGCGUUGUUCCUGAAGCAAUCGGUGCUUAUAGGGUACCUCCCUCAUGUUGCGAGUCCAAGGACACUUUAGUUUGCGACGCUGCGCGUCAAAUUCAAUUUUUCGGUGCAGCGACUAAAGCGCUUCACUCUAACGGUUGUCUGUCAGUCCUUUUAGGAGGUCUCACACAAUAUGCUACUCUUGCAGGCGGAGUUGUUGCAGCAGCCGUUGGACUGCAAAUUAUUGGGCUUAUAUUUACCUUGCUUCUUUGCUGUGCUGCACGGAGGGAUCUAAAGGACUAGAUAAAAGUCACAACAAUCUAAGAAAAAGUGACCGAUAGCUAUCCAAUGGUAAUUUUACUAAAUAUGACAGCUUUAACCGCAAAACUUAGAGCGGUGUUCCAGAAACCCGCGCUUGUAGUUACGUCCUCAAUAUGAGUGGGACAAUUUUAAAUCCAGAGAAGCCGAGAAGAUAGCCAAUUAAACAACGAUUUUGUUCUAUCUUGUGGCGUCCAUGAAUACAGUAAAUUAUAACAAAGUAAGAAAUAAUACCAGCAAUUGAUCUAGAUCUUUUCUUGCAAAUUAUUUUCAUAACAUCUCACUAUAUUGUGGCACUCGAUUUGCCUGUCAAUUGCUGAGGCUUUAAAAAUAUGUAAAAUUUGAAAUUUGAGAUUUAAGGUAACGAUUUUCCAGCAGUUAAUACAAGUUUUGCUUAAAACGAAUGAUUAGAUGUUAUGUUACAUUACAACUAGAUUCAAAAUUUGUCUAUAAGCUCCACCGUUUGUAAUGUUGUGUUGAACUCUUACGGGAAUGACGGAACUGAGUAGAGGCAAAAUACAAGUACUCUAGAUAUAUUUCUAGGGGUCAACUAAGAAAUAGAACCGGAUCGAUAAUUGAAAUUAACUAUUAUUAUUAUUAUUAAAAGUUUUGCUUGGUUCUGCCUAGCUGUCUUUGGACUGCUCAGUGUUAGAGAAUGUGUGUUCCGCUAUGCAGCUGAAAUACCUUCUCCGUAAGCUAUUGUUUAAUAUUGCCAUAAUAAUAAUACAAAUAUGGAAAAUGCUAGCUCUAAUAAGAGAUCCUAAUGCUUUAGAUAAUACAUAAUACUACACCAGGUAAUACGAAAAGUGGAACAACAAGCCUAAAUUUUUACACUCAAACAAAGCAUAACAAAGACACUGAAAGCGUGUAUUGUUGAUCAGUUGGUGAAUUUAUUAUUGAAUACUCAAUACGAGCCCUGAAAUGAAAUCACUUCUUGUGAUUUCUCAGUGUAAACGCAACGAAAUAACAGUAGAAUCUACACAAUAUCAUUAUAUUACAUGGAAGGCACAAUUAUUAAAAACAAUUUGAUCGAUGGACUCUUGGCCGGCCAGCUAAAAUACUUGGCUAACGUAAUCUCGUAAAGAGAGCGGUGAAUGGAACAAAGUGACGUACGCAAGCUUUCUCAUCCUCGUCAUAUUAUGAAAGAAAUCCUCAUGGUGUUUCUGCUACCGUCUGAUUAAAACAAAAGCUUAAAUUAACCUAAAUGUGUGAUCAAAGACUAUUGUAGUUAAACAUAAGAAGUGAAAAAUGUUUGAAUGAAAGAUUUGCCACUUUCGAGCCACCCGGGCGUCUACUAGCUUGAGGUGAGCUUGGUGGAUAUAUUUUAUCAUAUACCUUCUCUAAAGGUAAUACAAUGCAUUGAACCAUUUAAAGUUUCUAUAUGCUUUUUAUUAUCAAAGAUGCUAUUAUUAAUUAUUUAGCCAUCAAAAUGAAGACAGAUAUCACCAUACAUUUAUGUUUGGCUCGGCAUAGACGACGGGGCCGCAUUGACUCUGUAAUUGUUAUUGGAGUUGCGAUCCAAUCCUCGACACUACUUCUGUGUGAUGAGUAGAUAAUGAAUGCUACUAUAAUCGUGGGCCGUAUCAUUCAGCACUGCUUAAUAAUUAAUCACCAAGUCGGAGAAGCUAACCAUUAUUCUAGAAGUUUGGAAGUCAUCAUUAGAAGUAAGCAAAACAAAAAAAACGACAAUGAAAUAAUGCUAUAAUGUAAUAUAACAACAUUAACUUAUUUUACGCUUUUUAGAAACUAGUGCGCUAUAAUAUCAUUAUCACAUGAAAACUUCGUAACCGUCCGCGGAGCGUGGCAUUAGGUAGGCGUCUGGCUGCAAAUAGGUAAACAAAAAAAAAACUAGGAAAAGACAACUCAGAAACUCUUAUAUAUAAAAUUACAUGAUAAAUACCAGUAGCAAAAUGCUGUCCAUAAUGUUAGUUGGCGACUGGCUUAUACACAAUGUUGCGUACAGUCACUUACAUUGCCAUCCGCCUCGCAUCAUGAAGCAUUAUAAUGACUAAGGAUGCACUGCUUUGUAAUCCAUGUAUAUAUAUAUGUGUUGUUCCAGCUGAACAAUAACAAUAAGCGUAAUGGAAUGAUAAUAUAGGAUAGUAUACAAACAACGAGCAACUUUUUACUCGGAUGUUCUCGUUAACAAAUGCAUAGAAGCAUGUUAUCAAAACCGGAAAUAUAAAAGAAACUUCCAUUCAUAUUAAAGUGUCGCCAAUAAGUCAACAACGGGAGUAUUCUGCUUUCUCUGCAAUGUGAGUUUUUCUUUGUGUAGCCUAAGAAUCAGCGACGGUAUUGCAAAAACAAGAGGUAGGCACUAGAAGCGAUCGUUGUAGACGAGUUUGUACGCUUUGAAAAUAUUAGUAUCGUGACCAUUUGGCAUUUGGAUAAUUUUUUGCUUCAGACACUGUCUAUGCUAGUAGGAAGUACAUGGACUCUGGGUAGUUUAGGCAAUUCGGUUACUUUUGAUGGCAAUAUUAGAUACCUUUUACACACCAGAUCAAUCCCUUAAAUGCUUGGACUUACUUUAGCUAGCGCCGCCUCCUCUUAUAUAUAUACCUGCUGUGUUUUAUGUUAUAGCAAUAUUUGAUUUGAGCUAAAUAGGGCUGCAUUGCAAACUAAUAUGAAAAAAAGAAAUGGGUAUGGUGAAUAUGGUGUUAAACAUGUAGUACCGAACAUUAUUUAGACCUAAAUAAUGUAAUAAACUGAGGAAUGAAUGAA